AUCAAAUAGAAAAUUCAAUAUUGCCAAUCACGCUAUUAUAUGAUGAUAACUGCUAUGUUUAUGCUGAAUGAGGCUUGGAUGUAGACAUGUUUUUGCAAAGGAUUAUAGUCAAGCUGUUGCUGAUUCUUCUUGUGCAGAUAUGCGUCAGUGGGAAAUUAUUGUAUGAGGAAUGUCGAUCACACAUGGGAAAAGAAUUUGUUCUCAUAUUUACAGACAACAGUAGACACAACAAUUUACUCCGGCUCUAUAUUACAACACCUGUAAAUGAAAGUUUUACUGUUCAUGUUGAAACACCAUUGCUGGGUCAAAUAAAUCAAGAUUAUGUCGUAACAAAUGGAUCGGAAUUAUUCAUUGAACUUCCAAUAGACCUUGCAAUUUUAAGAACUACAAAAAGUAACAAAACAAUACUGGUCACAGCACAGAACUUCAUUGUAUUGUUUGCUUCAAACAUGCAGAGUAAUGGAGGUGACUCCUAUAUAAUUUAUCCAAUUGCAGUUCUAAGUACUGAGCACGUAUCUGUCAAUUUAAAAACAAAGUCAGGCAGUUAUCAUUCAGUUACUGCCGUGAUAGCUAUAGCAGAUCAAACUGUAGUGGAUAUUUCAUUACCCGCUGGUGCCGUUGUAGUGUUUGAUGGUACCAAAUAUACUUCUGGAAAUACUUUGUCUAUGAGUCUAAAUAAAUAUGAAGUUUUUCAGUUUACUUCAUCUGACGAUUUAUCGGGAACAAUUCUGACAUCAAAUUACCCUAUUGCUGCUUUUAGUGGUCAUGAACUUGGAAACCCUGAAAUAAGCAGUCAAACUUCUAUCGAUAUGAUAUAUGAAAUGCUUAUUCCUACUAUAUAUUGGUCCACGUAUUAUAUUGCCAUCAGUAACCCCGUGUUUGAUUCAGGAGAAGGAGAACUUAUCCAAGUCUUCACGUCCGAAGACAAUACUAAUAUUAUGAUAAACACAUCCGGAACUCUUGAUCAAAUAAGUGUUGGCACAAAGGCGUCAUACCACCAAUUUGACUUACCAUUAUCCGAAGUAGCAGUAAUAACCGCAGAUAAACCCGUUUUAGUUUCUCAAAUAUCAGCAUCUAAACAACUUGCGGGAAGUUAUACAGGUGAUGCUAGAUUGCUUCUACCUAGCCCAGUAAAUGCAUGGUUGAGUGAAUACAGUUUUAACACACCAGGCGAAAAUAUGUAUAAUGGGCUAGUCCUUUUGGCUGACAGUAUUUCUUUGAAUAAUAUCACUCUGAACGAAAAGAGUCUUAACUCGUCUAUUCAAUGGACCGAAAUCAAAGGUACAAAUUUCAUAUAUACAUCUAUACAACUGUCCGAGGGCGUACACACUUUGACUUGUAUAUCAACUGCUUCGAAAUGUUGGGGAUAUGUAUACGGAAUUCACAGCUUAGAAGAAUAUGGUACAUCUAUUGGCAGGAGUUUUACUCAGAAAACUGAAGACAAUUUGAACUUUAAUCAAAUAAAAAGUUCUGUACUGGAGUUUAAAAAUAAUGGAAUGAUAUAUACCACGCCUAUCUUUUCCACAGUGUCAAGGUCACUCGUUGGAUGUAUAAAAAUGUGCCGAAUAUAUUUGUGUGCUAUUGUUUCCUUCCGGUCAGCAGAUGGAUCAUGCUUAUUAUACACAGAUGAAGAAAAAUGCGGUUCAAUAAAACUUUCUACAGGUUUCAAACUGUACUUUGUUCGGAAUUAA